AAUGUUCUUUUGCACUUUGACGCAAUGUUCUUGAAUGUUUAUGUAAAGCACUUUGAAUUGCCCUGUUGCUGAAAUGUGCUAUACAAAUAAAGCUGCCUUGCCUUGCCUGUGAUAAAGUUAAAGUCUAACCCAUUUGAAUGUUAUUUUAACACGUAGCCUGUAGGUCUGCAUGGGCAGUUACAUCAUCAGUGGUCACUCAGAGAGGAGGACUUGUAUCAGUGCUAAUCUUCACUGCAGGCUAUAUAGUGUCUGAUAUCAACAGGCCCUGGAGACACGUCCCACUGCACGGUGCUCCAGAGCAGUCCGAGGAGAGGAAUCACCAUCUCUGCAGCUGCCAUUCAAACUGCACAUAGAGGAGGAGGAGGAGACGAGGAGGACGCCUCCAUCCAUCCAUCCAUCCAUCCAUCCAUUCAUUCAUCAAUCCGCUCAGUGAUCGCUGCUCCGCCGCCUGCUGGACCUCCCGCGAGCCCCCUAUACCGAGACAACACCGGUGAACAACGGUCGCACGAUCAUAACCGUUGAGAGAGAGCGAGAGAGAGAGAGAGAGAGUAAGAGAAGAGAGGAGGGGGUUCAGCUGGAAGAAGGACGAGCAGCGUGGAGAGAGAGAAGAGGAGAGAAGAGCCCGUCUGUCACUGUUAUUCCCCGGUGUGGAUGGAGAGAGACGGAGCCGCUGACUGAACGCACCGAGCGACCUCCCUAGCUGCUGAUCUGAAGCUCCUCAUCUCUGACUGGAGUGGACAGCCGCCCCCCUCAGUGAAGAGCACCAUGACCCAGGAGGGGCAGGCUCUGCCCUCUCCCACCCCACCAGAGAGCCCAGUGGAGCCCAAUACAUCCACCACCAACACCGACUCACCCACAGAGACACACAGCCAGGCGGAGCAGGACAAGCCGGGGGCCGGGGCAAAGCACGAGAUAGAGGAGGGGAAACAACAAGAAGAGAUCAGAGAGGCAGAGGAGGGGGCACACAGGGAAGGACGGGGGAGGGAAGAAGUAAAGGGUGAGGGAGGAGAGGGUGAGUUGAAAGAGGAGAGGGUAGAUGGCGGCAGCGGUGAGGAUCAACAGACAGACGGAGGGGCGGAGGGGGAGAGGGAAGGGACGAGAGGCGAAGGAUGCGUAGAUGUGGAGGUGAGCUCAACGGGGGAGGAGGCAACACACGAGGUGGAGGGGAUGAAAGAAGAAGAGGAGGGAAAGGAAGAUGAAGAGAUGCAAGCGUCUACGGAGGAGGAGGCAACUCACCCUGAACAAGCUGGGCGACUGGCAAAUGGCAUAGGUGGGAAUGAAGAUGACGAUGAAGCGGGCGAGGAGGACGAGGAGGGAGGAGACGAGGGGGCGACUCAUACACACUUGGACACUUUCAGUUCUAACUUCGAGACUACUGUAGAACAGGCCGACACAGAAGUGGAGGAAGAGGAGGAGGAGGUCCAGAAGGAGGGUGACGGGAGAGAAAACCAGGACAGUUUCAGCUCGGUAUUUGAGCAGAUUGUUGAGCAGGUCGACGUUCAGGAGGAGGAAGACGAGGAGGAGGAGAGGGAGAGGGAGAUGGAGGAGGAGAGGGAGAAGGGCAGGAUGGACAACAGAGACGGCUUCAGCUCCACGUUCGAGCGCAUCGUGGAGUCGGCCCUGCUGAGGGGCGGGACCUGCUACAGCAGCCUGGACUCUCUGGACGUGCUGUCACUCACAGACGAGACGGACAGCUGCGUCAGCUUCGAGGCGCCACUGACGCCACUCAUCCAACAGAGGGCGCUGUUGCAGGGGCCUGAACCACUGGAGCUGGAGCUGGCAACCGUUCAGGAGCAAGAAGGGGCCGAGGCCGGACUGGACUCCCCAGGUGAUGAUCCCACGGCUGGGGAGAGUGCCUUCCGUGGAGCUGGAGCCGUGGCUGGAGUAGGAGGGAGCCCGCUGAGGACCACCAUACCGGGGAGCAGGUCAGAGUUUGUACUGAGCCAGUCUGGACGCUGGACCAUCCCUAAUGGAUACCACACAGACUCCCACAGAGCAGGGUGUGGAGCCAUGAUCAACUCUGUCAGCGAUGCCAACCUCACAGACGUGCUGUCUGACUCGGAGGAGUGUGAUUUGGGCAGUCUGGAGCGUUUGGAGCGCGGCAGCACCGACACUCUGGCCAAUGGCUGCCGAGCCGACUGCGAGGCCGCCAAGAGGCUGGCCAAGCGCCUCUAUCACCUCGAGGGCUUCAAACGCUGCGACGUGGCCAGACACCUGGGCAAGAAUAACGAGUUCAGCCAGCUGGUGGCGUCCGAGUACCUGAGCUUCUUCGAUUUCUCCGGCCUGACGCUGGAUCGAGCCCUGAGGAACUUCUUAAAGGCUUUCCCCCUGAUGGGAGAGACCCAGGAGAGAGAGAGGGUCUUGGUGCAUUUCUCCAGACGCUUCUGCCACUGCAACCCAUCGACACUCACCUGUGAAGAUCACAGCCAGGACGACCUUGAUGAUGAUGAGAAGGACGAUGGAGCCCACACUUUAACCUGCGCCCUUAUGCUGCUCAACACCGACCUACACGGACAUGUGAACAUUGGGAAGAAGAUGUCUUGCCAACAGUUUAUCAGUAAUCUAGAUGGACUCAACUAUGGCAAAGACUUCCCCAAAGACUUAUUAAAGAUCUUGUAUAACUCCAUCAAGAAUGAGAAGCUGGAGUGGGCAGUUGAGGAGGAGGAGCUGAGGAAAAGCCUGUCAGAGCUGGUGGAGGAGCAGUGUGAGUGUGGGAGUAAGCGUGUUGCCAGGGUAACGGACGGCAGUAACCCAUUCAUCGCCAUUCCCAUUCUCUUAAACGCCGUCACCUACAAACAUGGAGUGUUGACCCGCAAGAGCCAUGCCGACAUGGAUGGCAAGCGCACCCCGAGGGGUCGCCGCGGUUGGAAGAAGUUCUAUGCGGUUCUGAAGGGGAUGAUCUUAUAUCUCCAGAAGGAUGAGUAUAAGCCCGACGCCGACAUUUCCGAGGUGGACCUGAAGAACGCAGUGCGGAUCCACCACGCUUUAGCCACUCGUGCCACCGACUACAGCAAGAGAGCCAACGUGCUGAAGCUCAAAACCUCAGACUGGAGGGUGUUUCUGCUGCACGCCCCCGAGGAGGAGAUGAUGUCUUGGAUAUUUCGGAUAAACCUGGUUGCGGCGCUGUUCUCUGCUCCGGCUUUCCCCGCCGCCAUUGGUUCCAUGAAGAAAUUUUGCCGGCCCAUCCUGCCAUCGUCAUCCACCAGACUCAAACAGGAGGAGCAGCUGCUGAGUCACGAGAGCAAGCUGAAGCAGAUGAGCCUGGAGCUGGAGGAGCACCGGAAAAACUCGCCCUCAGUCGACCCCAAAAGCCGCGAGUGGGAGGAGUACCGGCUCAAAGAGCACUACCUCACGUACGAGAAGACUCGCUAUGAGACGUACAUCAGCCUCCUGCAGGCCAAAAUCCGCGCUGAGACAGACGACCUCGAGAAGAUCGAGGCCAGCGUGAUGGGUGGCCUGAUCAUGGAGGGUGGCCUGGCCGGCCGCGAGUGCCACAUGCGCAAGACGCAGUCGUCCCCGUCCAUCAGCCAGGCUCACGGCGGGCUGAACGGGAGGGCCGCCGGAAGCACCGCCCAGGGACAGAGAAGCUGAGGGGAGGAAGGAGGAAAAAAACAACAUCCCUUCAAGCCAAACUAGCUUAACUGGGUUUUUUUGUUCGUAUUUUGUGUUUCGGGCUCCUCCGUUCCUCCCGUUGUACCUACAGUAACAACAACAGGAGAAAUGACACUAUCCUUCCCAGAAUCUAUCAACCCCCGGUGAUAAGUUUCUGUCCUUGAGCAAUAGAUGAAGAAGAUGAAGAGCCUGUGCUUGAUACCCGACAAGUGACCCUGCCGAACCUCAGUCCCUUGAACUUUCAUUAUUGCACAUUAAAAUGAUCAUAACCGUGAUCACUAUUUAUAACAACGUCAUCAGUAUUAUUUUGAAAUGAGACUCAGAGUCUUUAGUUGAAAUGUGUUUUAGUUCUGAGCAGAGUCAUUUAUAAUGUAUUAGUUUAAGGCCAGAGAGAGAACAAAGAAGGAGAGACAGACUGGUUUGACUUUGUCCUCUCUGUCCUGUCCUCCAGAUGGUACUACUGUAGCAUUUUGGCCUUUUCCCCCCCCACCACCCAUGUUUACACACCCAGCCGCUCACAGGCGUGUGUACGGACCUACAGUAUGGGUGGAGUGUGGAAGAACAUAUCCGUCCCAAAGUUACAAAAACUCUCAACAGAACUUCUCAGAAGGAUCGAGUCCCUGCCAUGUAUAGCAUAUUUAUUUAUUUAUUUAACGCUUUAUUCGCCCCAGGAAGGGUUUACACUGAGCAUGCUCGCUCUUUUUUUCAGCGAUUUCCGUCUCGUUCAUUCAUAAAAGUUACGUACAUCAGUGAGUGUAAAGGAGCUGCCAAGUGGGACGACCGUGGUUUUAACUGUUCGCCGAGCUGCUCCGCCAGAGGAACCGGAGGUUGAGUGCCUUACUCAAGGGCACCUUGACACUAGAUGUUGAGAGAUUUAGAGUGUUAGUCAGUCGCUCGUCAGAGAGAUCACGAGUAUGUGAUUUUUAAGCUGCCGCUACCCCAAAUACUGACAUGCAUUCAAUUAUUGUGUUUGUCUGAAGAGGAUAACGGUAUGCGACUGAAUGAAAAGCACUGUGCCACGUUC